AUGCCCUCUAUUAUCCAACACCAAAAAUCCACCAAGCACUGCCCCUGCUCCCAUUGCGAUCCCUUUGACGGCCACGAAGCGCUGUUCGAAGCCAGCCUACCGCCCAUCAAAAAAUACUCUUGUCCUCAAUGCAGGCUGCGCUUCGCAGAGAAAGUGUCCCUCGAAGCUCACCAGCGCGAGAGCCUGCAUGCCUACUGCUAUAACUGCAACGUCCUCUCCUCUACGAGACAGAUACACGCACUACACAUGCAAUCGCACUCUCCCACUCCAUCGAUCAUGCCUUCUUCCGCGACACAAUUCCGGUGCUGCGACUGCGAGCGCGAUUUCAAAAAUGAAGGGGCACUUGUAGAUCAUCUUCGUGAUAGCGAGCUGCACAGAUUGGGGAAGAGGGGCAACAACAGCAAGAAGAAGAAAAAACAACAAACGAAGUGCAAGAAAUGCAAAAGGAGUUUCAAGAAUCAGGAUGCGCUAGGGAAACACCUAAAGUCAGUGCGACAUAAACCGCUAAGCGACAUCAAGUGUGUAGCCGAUGAGGAAUGUAAGAAGCAGUUUAAUUGCCCGUCGGCGCAGUUGCAUCAUUUAGAGAGUGGGAGAUGUAUCUCAGGGAUGACAAAGACGGAAUUAAAUGCAGCUAUUGCAGCGAAUGAUACGGAACGGAUCAUAACGUCGGGAGUAGUCACGGCACAGUGGCUGCUCGAGGAUUACCCGUCUACGACUUCGACAUCGCAGAUUCGGAGUCCGAUACUCACCCCAACCUCGACCGAGUUCCUCGACUCCUAUCCACCCUCUGCGAUCCUCACACCCACAUCCACUCCCUCAACCAGCGCCACGAACUUCCACUCCAUGCUUACUCUCCGGUCUCGCCCUCAGAGUGGCUAUCAAACAUGCCCCCUCUGCCCUCCAUCCUAUAUCCGCACAUUCACGCAUAGCGCACUUCAGCAACAUCUGUCGUCAAGCGUUCACGCUCAGCUCACUAUGUCUUUGCCCUUACCGAUACCCGAUGAGAUAUCAUUCCAUUGCCCGCGUGCCUUGAUGGGCGCGAGGAAAGAGAAGGAGUCUGUUAGGCAAUUCUCGACUGUAAGUGGGCUGGCACAGCAUCUUGAGAGUGGUGCUUGUGAUGGAGGUGAGGGAACUUUUAGGCGCGUGGUAGAGUAUGUACAGGAGGAGAUGAAGAGUAUGGGGUUCGACGGGCUUAAGUUUUUGAGCUAG